AUGGUCCAAUUCGAGUAUGAAGUAGGCCAAAAGACCCUCAGAAACAUCGAAGAAUGUCUGCUUCCGCUGAUGCCACGGAUCGGUAAGAGUUUUGACCAGAUGCGAAAAGCAAGAUGGCUUUUUGCAAAGUCCAAAAUCACGAGUAGACGAGCAUCUCUAGAUUCGUUGAAACUGACUAUGACCCUUUUCUUGCACGCCAUCGAUCGCGUUUCGGGUGACGCUGAUGAAGCUGAAACUAAAGAAGAGAUUGAAAAUCUCCUGGGUUCCGCAAAAAACACUAAAAUGAACUUCAUCAAGGCUGAAAUCUUUGACCAAGCCGUCGAACACCACUACGAACCCAGCGACAAGGACAACGACUUUAUUGCUACUCCCAUCGAUGACGACAACAACAACAACAACAACGAGAAGCGUCCAAAUAGUCCAGAAAGCUCUGACUCUGAGAACGGAGAUAGCGAAAGCUACGAGAUUUCACUCAUCCAAAAUGGUUAUGAUUAUUCAAAAGUCGACUUGUCCCAAUGGGUUCAGAAGCAUAAGUCAAACACCAGAAUACCGCUCCAAAUCAUGCUUGUGCUCUCUGACGACCAGUUCGUGGAGAUUGCAGAUCAUUUAAAGGUUCAGAUGGCAGUUACUAGCUAUGCUCUCGUUAUAAUCUCUGGCCCGAGUUCGCAUCCACAAGCUAGGUCAACACUGCGGAGAUCGAUCGACGAGAGGUUCUCUAAAGCUUCAUCGAAAGGGAUCCCAGAGACUCAGUCGAUCGCUCAGUCUGAAGACUCGUUGAGCGACGGUGGUAUGGAGAGCAUGACAAAUACAUCUGAGACAAUGGAAGACAGACUUGGAUCGAGUUGGAAGUAUACCCUUCCCAAUCGACAAGAAAUGCCUCGAUCACAACCAAGUCCUCGUGGAAAUGAGAACAACCCAGCGGAUCCCUUCUUGUAUAAGAACAAGCCAUCACCACCCAACCCGGUGAGGCAGCCAUCCCGAGAACCGCCCAGGGAAGAUCCGGAAAAGUUGGAGAUGAAGAAACAGCUUGAUGUUAAUAAAGCUGAAUAUGUAAAGAGUGAGGCUAAGGAACAGAAAAGGGAGUUUGAGGCGAGGAUAAGGGAGGAGACCGAACGGGAGUUCAGAUAUAAGUUGGAGGAAAGAGACAGGCAAGAGGAGCUGUUGAACAAGGAAAGGGCAGCUGCUGCGGAAAGGGCCAAGAUAGAGAUCGAGGAGGCGAGGUACAUGGCCGAACAGGUCACCCGAGACCUAAUGGAGAAGGAAAGACAAGCGGCCGAAGAGCGUAGGAAGGAAGAAGCAGCGUAUAUUGCACGGGCCCAGCAAGCAGCUCGUGACCAGAUUGAGGCAGAGAGGCGUGCUGAUGAGAGUCGUAAAAAGUUGGAAGCUGAGACGCUUGCCAGGGCAGAACAGGCCGCACAGUUCAAGCUUAGGGCGGAGAUGGAAGCCGAGGCAGCAAAGAAGAAUACCAAAGGGGGCUCAUUAUCUUUCUUCAAGCGAUUGGGUCGUUAG